UGUCUCUGUGUGUGUAUCUGUGUAUCUGUGUGUGUGUGUGUGUGUGUGGGUUGGCGAGUGGAACAUGGACUGAGGGUGAAAGGUAAAUCAUGCCGCGCUCUGAUUGGUCAAAAGCAGGAAGGGCGGAAGUCUGCAUGUGCGUGCAAUAAGAGCAUUCUGAAUCCCCUACUUCCGGAAGUUCUUGUACCAGGACCACAGACAGACAGAAGUAAGCUUUCUGAUUACAGAGUAACUCUGGAUGGUCUUUCUAUUACAUCAUGUGCAGCAGUAAAAGACCUCAGUGUGAUUAUUGUCUCUCAUCUGAAGCUCACAUUAAUAACACCACAAUGUUAGUCUUCUUUCAUCUCAGAAAUAUUACUAAGAUAAGAAAUAUGAUGUCAUUACAUGAUGCAGAAACACUAGUUCAUGUGUUUGUUACCUCUAGGUUGGAUUAUUGUAAUACUUUACUGUCUGGAUGUUCCAGUAGGAGCAUAAACAAGCUCCAAUUAGUCCAGAACACAGCAGCUAGAGUCCUAACUAGAACCAGAAGAUAUGAACACAUCACCCUGAUCUUAUCCUCAUUGUAUUGGCUUCCAGUCAAGUUUCACAUUGAUAAUAAAACACUAUUAUUAACCUAUAAAGCACUUAAUGGUCUCACACCACAGAACCUGAGAGAUCUUUUGUUUUUUUUAGGAUCCGUCACACCUACUUCAUCAAAAGGUGCAGGAUACAAAAGUCUCCAGCAGGGGGCAGAGCUUUUUCUCACAGAGCCCCACAGUUAUGGAACAGACUUCCAGUUAGUGUUUAUGACUCAGACACAGUCUCAGUGUUUAAGUCCAGGAUAAAAACACAUCUGUUUAGUUUAGAUUUUUAUGAAUAGCUUUUCUUAGGUAAAGGAGUGUUUGGUGAACUGGGAUGUCUGUAUGUUGUCUUCUUACCACCAUCACAAUUCGCUCAGGUUUGCAGACUGUGGAAAGGUGGGACGCUUUUCAUCCCAUGAAGCUCUCAUGUCUGUGUCACCUUCUGGCUCUAGCUUUUUAGUUAUGAUGUCAUAGCUAGUCUUGCCGGAGUCCCUGUAUGCACAUAAUUUACAUUGUCCAUAACCUGAACACAGUCACACGCACUCACACAAACACACACACUCAGAGGAGUAAACCCUAACUCUAACCCACAGAAAAACACACACACUCUCACACAAACACACACACAAACACAGACACUUACACAAAAACACACUCUCACACAAACACACACACACUCAGAGGAGUAUACCCUAACUCUAACCCACACACAAACACAAACACACACACUCAAACAAACACACACACGCUCACACAAACACACACAUACACUCUCACACAAACACACACACACAUUCACACAUACACUCACAAACAUACACACAAACUCACACACUCUCUCUCUCACACACACACAGACUCACAUAAACAUACACACACAAACACACAGACUCUCUCUCUCACACACACACACACACACAUUUAUAUAUAUACAUACACACAGAGGAUUAAAACUGAUCCACUGAAGGGUUAAAUAACUGGGUUAUUUCUUCUCGGAGGUAAGACAGGUUCCUGAAAGCAGGCCUGGGUGUUAAUCUUCUUCUAGGAGCUGCGUGCUGUUGCCAUGGAGACAAAUUCAACACUCCACACACUCCAGACAGAGUCAGUCCUGUCGCUCACACACACAGCGCAUAUCUCUGAUUUAUCCCAGGAUAAGUACAGAGUCAACAGGAUGUCUGAAGGAGGUGGAAAGGAGACGACGACGACGAUGAUGACGACGAUGAUGAAGAUGAAACGGAAUGCAGUGGCUGACGGCCGCCUGGAGGUUCUGCAGAUCUACAAGCUCCUGCAGUUAGUGCGAGAGGGAAAUAAAGCUCAGGUGGAGAAGAUGGUGUAUCUGGGUGUGCCGAACCUGAUCAAUCUGACAGAACCCAGUGAGGGAAGCGGCGUCCUUCACCUGACCUCUGUCUCGAACAACCUGGACAUGGCUGAGUUCCUCCUGAAUCUGGGAGCUCAGCCUGAUGUUCAGGAUAAGAGAGGACGCACUCCGGUGAUACUCGCUGCAGAACUCGGGAAUGAUGCUAUGCUGAAUCUCCUGGCAAAGAGCCAUGCUGACAUGAAGCUGCUGGAUGUGGAGGGGAGAGGAGUGCUAUUUUAUUGCAUCUCUCCGUCCCAGAGGCACUCACGCUGCCUGCAGGUGGCGAUCAACAGCAAAGCCGACGUCAACAACGUGUCCACGGCGGGGAAGCCAGUGUUCCUUCUUGCCUGUGAACAAGCCAACGAGUGUGAGAACAUCUGUAUCAGGAUGUUAGAGAGUGGAGCCGAUCCUAACGCCACAGAUCGGCUGACAGGACGAACAGCUCUGAUGGAGGCAGCGAGGAGCGGCUCAGUGGUGUUAGUCAGACUCAUCCUACAGAGAGGAGGAAACCCUAACAGUGUAGAUGAACAUCAGCAGAACGCAGCACAGCUCGCAGCAGCUGGAGGUUUCUUCCAGGUGUUGUGUGUGCUGUCAGCGUAUCAGGCUGAUUGGAGCUUGGUGUGUGUGGAGGGAAACUCGGCUCUGCACAUGUCAGCAGCUGGAGGUCACACUGACUGCUGCAGGUUUCUGGCACAGAGAGGAUGCAAUCCAAAGCUGAAAAACAGGGUUGGUUUGGUUCCACGUCAGCUUGCUAAAGCACACGGCCACAAGGCAGCGAUGAAGGAGCUGCAGAAGGCAGAGAGAAUGUUUACAAAGUUCACUAAACCUGGUGUGGUUAAUCCCAACCAUCUCUGGGCUCUCACACUGCACGACUGGUCAAGUGAACAUGAAGAAGUGCUUAGGAAAGCCUUCCAGCUCAGCGAGGAGAGCGACACUCCUGUGGAGAAAGUCUCCACGGAGAAGUUUGCGUAUGUCCUGCAAGAACAUCAUGCACCUGUGGAUCAGGAACAUCUGGAGAAGAUCAUUGCAGACCACAACAACAAGCAUGAUGGCAUGAUUAACAUUGCUGACUUCUUCAAGGGACUGCAGUAUCUUCAGAAAGCGUUUGUGUUGUCGUCCUAUGAGCCCAAGAUGAAGAAGAAGAAGAAGAAAGGUGGGAAAGCUGGAAAGGGUGGGAAAGGGAAUAGGAAAAAAGGGAUGUCUGUGGUUCCCCUGCCCAUCUGCACCCUUCCACCUGACAUUAUAGACAAAAGACCAGAUGGCGGGCCGCAGUACAUGAUUGAGAGUUAUCAGCCGUUCACCGAUACGAAGCGGUUCGACCGCGACCAUCCGCCUGCUCACCCCGUGGAGGACGACUCGGCCUGGUAUGUCGACCAGCCGCAAAAGAUCUACAUCAACAUCAACCGCUGCGUCCGGACCGAAGACUUUGAGUCUUUGUGUUUAGCGUUCAGUCAGCGUCUCCCUGUGGACAUCAGAGACCGCUUCUACAAAACACCACUCAUGGCAGCAUGCAGCAGUGGGAGCUACGACAUGGCUGAGUUCCUCAUAACACUUGGGGCAGAUGUGAAUGCGUGUGAUCAGUUUAAAUGGACUCCUCUCCAUCAUGCGUGUCACGCUGGACAGCAGGAUAUUGUGGAGCUGUUAGUGAGACACGGAGCAGUGGUGGAUGCUGUGGCAUUAAAUGGAGCCACGCCCCUGAUGAAGGCCAUCGAGAGCUGCAGACUGUCCUCUGUACAUCAACUCAUCACAUCCAACGCUGAUGUAAAGGCCACCAACCACAAGGGACAGAGCUGUCUGGACAUCGCCCGUGUGUACGGAGACGAGAGAAUCAUCGAUUUAAUCACAACUAAGUUCCACAGCCAUCCAAAGAGCAGAGACAAUAAAAAAGGAAAAGGAGGCAAAGUGAGAUCAGAACCUCAGAAAGCAGCAUCUCCUGCAGGAGAGGUGGAGAAACUGACAGAGAGAAUGGCGAAACCUAUUCUACCAGACGUGAAUGAGAAAAGAGUGAAUCUGAAGGAAUACAUCAUAACCGUGAACCAGAACGUCAACAUCAGCUCCAACACACAAAGCACUCACUUUAUACCUAAAACUGUGUGGGGAACAAGGUUAGCUACAUCAGCUCAGCAUGUGGAACGGAAAGUCAACAGGAGGAAUCGUCUUUCAUAUGAAGUGGACUUCAGUGACUUUGUGAUGCCAUUUAAUAAAAACCUGGUGAGGAAGCUGACAGAAGUGGGCGUGGCUGAGGAUGAGGAGAGAAAUAAAACAAUAUUAAAGUAUUAAAUCAAUAAAACAGAAUAAAAAUAUUGUAUUAAA